GACACUGUGAUCUUGAACAUAUGUAUAGAUACAUACAUAUCUGUUGUAUUCAUGUCAAUUAAUCCUUCAAGAUCUUCAUCUUUUUCUUUGAGAAUCAAUAGCCACUCAUCACUCAGAUAUAUGCAUCUGCUUAUCUCUUUGUCCUCUAUGUCUCUAACCAGAAUUCGUCCCAUUUCUUUUCAUAGUCAUCACUCCAUCUUUCAAUCCUCCAAAGCAAGACCCCAUAAUUGUCGCCAAAUUCUAGUUUAUUCAUCUGUUUCCAUGGACUCAACCGCCACUGAACUUGCUCAUGAUUACUCUCCAUUUCUUCGCAUAUACAAAGAUGGCCGUGUAGAAAGACUCAUGGGCACUGAUAUAGCUCCUCCUUCUCUACACCCCAUAACCCAAGUCCAGUCCAAAGAUGUUGUAUUCUCACCUCAACACAAUCUUUCUUCCAGACUAUACUUACCGAGAAAUGCCAAUCCUAAUCAGAAACUCCCUCUCCUCGUUUACUAUCAUGGCGGUGGAUUUUGCAUUGAAACUCCUUAUUCUCCUAUGUACCAUAAUCACCUUAACAACUUAGUAGCAGAGGCAAAUGUUAUAGCAGUAUCUGUUGAUUACAGAAGAGCACCAGAGCAUCCUCUUCCUAUCGGAUAUGAUGAUUCUUGGGCAGCACUUAAAUGGGUUGCUUCACAUUUGAAUGGAAAUGGAGCAGAAGAGUGGUUGAACAGUUAUGCUGAUAUUGGCAAGGUGUUUUUAGCUGGAGAUAGUGCUGGCGCUAAUAUAGCUCAUCAUAUGGCUAUUAGAAAUACUGAAGAGAAAUUAGUUGGUAUUAAUCUUGUAGGGAUUGUUUUAGUACACCCAUAUUUUUGGGGCAAAGAACCUGUAGGUAAUGAGCCUAAAGAAGCUGAAAAGAGAGCAACUGUUGAUGUUAUAUGGCAUUUUGCAUGUCCAAAAACAAGUGGGAAUGAUGAUCCUUGGAUCAAUCCACUUCUUGAUCCUAAAAUGUGUGGCUUGGGAUGUAGGAAGGUGCUUGUUAUAGUUGCAGAGAAAGACUUGUUGAGAGACAGAGGAUGGUAUUAUUAUGAGAAGCUGAGAAACAGUGGAUGGGGAGGACUUGUGGAGUUUAUGGAGAUAACAGAGGAGGAUCAUGUUUUCCAUUUGCAAAAGUCUACUUGUGAAAAUGCUCUUGCUAUGCUCAAAAGAAUGGCCUCUUUCAUCAAGGAAGAUUAGGCCUGAUUUAUGUCAUUUUUUCUGCUUUGUAUGCACCCUUUAAUCUUAGCUAGAAUAAUUUGAUCUUGUAGGGUUAUUAAUUUAUAUCAUUCAAUCUUGUGCCAGUUACAUAA